GCCAGCUCAUCCUCUUUCUCUCUCGCUCUUUCUCUAUUUAUCUCUCCAAAACCACCAAAAACACCAACUCCGCUCCUCUCUAUUUAUCUGAUGACACUUUCAACGUUUUCUCCAUCAGAUCUCUUGGAGAUGCGUGUUUCUUGAGAAAGUUUGAGACUUUCUGUCUUUUUUGGCUUUUUAACCCUUGUGGUUAUCUGGGGGUUUGAUAUCUUUCAAUACCCAUGACUCAAAAUCCUAUCUUUUCUUGAUUUGUUAGGUGGUUUUAACCUUAAGAUCCCAUUUUGACAUCUGGGUUUUAUCUGUUUUUCUGAGAGGAAGCGGAGAGGAAGAGCUUUUGAGAGGGUGAGCAAAAAUGGCUAAUGGAGCUGAAAGAGAGAUGGUGUUGUUGUUUAGUGAAGAAGAGUUGAGAGAGAUGAGUGGGGUCAAGAGAGGUGGAGAUUACAUAGAAGUGAUGUGUGGGUGUACUAGCCAUAGAUAUGGUGAUGCUGUUGGUAGGCUUAGGGUUUUUAUCAAUGGUGAACUUGAAAUCACAUGUGAAUGCACUCCUGGUUGUGAUGAAGACAAGAUGACUCCUGCUGCAUUUGAGAAGCACUCUGGAAGAGAGACAGCUAGAAAAUGGAAGAACAAUGUCUGGGUCAUAGUUAAUGGGGAGAAGGUUCCAUUGUCAAAGACUGUGUUGCUCAAAUACUACAAUCAGGCCUCAAAAAAUGGCAAUGGAUCCCACAGGUCACACAAUGGACGAGUUUGUCAUCGUGAUGAGUUUGUUCGCUGUAAUAAAUGUAACAAGGAACGCAGGUUUCGGUUACGGUCCAAAGAGGAGUGUCGGAUUCACCAUGAUGCUUUGGCAGAUGAGAACUGGAAAUGUGCUGAUAUGCCAUAUGACAAAAUAACAUGUGAUGAUGACGAAGAACGGGCUAGUCGAAGGGUGUACAGGGGUUGCACCCGUUCUCCAACAUGCAAGGGCUGCACUUCCUGUGUGUGCUUUGGUUGUGAAAUCUGUCGUUUCUCAGAUUGCAGCUGCCAAACUUGCACUGACUUCACUAGGAAUGCAAAAGUUUGAGUUCAAAACAGUGAUGCUUUAGCAGUCCUGAUAUCCCCCCCUUUUAUUUGUUGCCUUUCCAUGGCAUUAUUGCUUUAUUUAAUCCCCUGCCCCCACAGUUAAGCCUAUGAGCAACAUUCUCUUAUGUUAAACCUGAAAUUCCAGUCUCUGAGAUAGGCAUUCACUGUGCUCGUUGGCUGGUAUAGAACCUCGAAAUUUAGUAAUUUAUCUCAUUUAUUUUUUUCUUUU